AAGUCAGCUGAUUGUCACGAGACUACAGAACAGAAUACAGACGAAAGGUGUAGUCUGUUUUGGAGUUGUGGAUUGUAGAACUAUCAAACACGUAAAAACAUUAUUAUUGUGAAACACUAAACUAUAAUUAUCUAUUUCAAAUUUAAUAAUAUAAAAUGGCUCUACAUUCUGCUAUCAAGGGUAAAUUGAUUGCAGUGAUUGGUGAUGAGGACACCUGUGUUGGGUUUCUACUUGGAGGCGUGGGAGAAAUAAACAAAAACAGGCAGUCUAACUUCAUGGUAGUUGAUAAAAAUACUGCUGUGAGUGAAGUUGAAGAAACUUUCAAAAGAUUCCUAAGAAGAGACGACCUAGAUAUCAUUCUCAUAAACCAGAACAUUGCAGACAUGAUCCGCCAUGUUAUCGACUGCCACACCAUGCCCAUUCCAGCUGUGCUCGAGAUUCCAUCCAAGGAUCAUCCUUAUGACGCAAGUAAAGAUUCUAUUCUACGAAGAGCAAAGGGAAUGUUCAACCCAGAGGAUGUACACUAACUGCAGAAUGAAUCCUCAACAAGGACAGAAAAUCUAUGAAAAAAAUAUAAUAGUUAUUUCGUGAUAGGUGUUGGUUAAACCGAUCAGAUAUUGAUUGUUAAUGUGUAAAGUUUUAUUCAAAUUUAUGAUUGAAUCAUAUUUUAUUAUGAUUUUAUACGAUUAUUCAUGCAGCAGAUUAGUGCCGUAGAUAGAAUCAUAGUAAGUAUAAUUAUAAUAACUGAUGAAAUGAUAAAUUUCAAAUGUAUGUCUGCUAAAGGCUAUGCCCUAAAAAUAAACUUCUUUUUUAUCAAUAAUAUAUUAUUUAAAAUGCAAUCUAUUAAAUGCUAUUAUUGAAAUUAUGCAAUUAAAAAUUAUAGAAUUCUUCAAUGUUGUUUUCCAUUACGAACUGCUUAUUAUUAAAUCACUUUUUGCUAUUAAAAAGUGAUUUAAAAAUAAUUUUCUAGUUUCAUUGAUUUAAAGUUUCUGGUUAAGUGACUCAAUUCAAGCACAAUGGCUGCAUUUACUCAUACUUAUUAAUUUAUUAAUCAUUCGUAUCAACGUAUUAAAGGUGAGCAAGUCUCAUAUAAAUAUAACUUACACAUAAACAUAAAGACUUUCAAAAAGUAUUCAUUUGCUAUUACAAUAACUAUUACCUAUUAGUUCAAGAAGUACAAUAAAUAAAUAAAUAGUUAUCCCAAAAGUAUUGAAAUCUAUUCUGUCUUGUUUUUACAAAAUAUUGGAUUACGUAUGAAAAAAUAUUUGAAAUAAUAAAAGUUCUGCAGCUAAUCAUUGGCAAUAGAUCAGUUCUGUUUCUAGAUAUAAAUUUGUUAUUGGAUGUACUUGAGAUUAGUAUUAGCAAUUAUAUAAAUGUCAGUACAUUAUAAUCCAACUUAUCCAACUGUAAAAUAAUUGGACUGUUGUUUAAAUAUUUGAAGUAUCAUCAUUCCAAUAUUGUGUGUUAAUUAUAAACAUUAUUUCAUGCAGAACAUGUAAAUAAAAUAAAAGUUAUUAAAAAUUCAAGGAGAUGA